AUGGGCGCUGGCCAGUCCACUGCCUCCAAGGUCCCACCCAGGGCGCUGCACGUUCUACGCGUAACCCCGUCAUCACCAGCCUCGCAGACCAGCAUCGAGCCCUACUUUGAUUUCGUCGUCGGCUUCAAGGAUGAGAACCCCGCGUCGAACAAUAUCGACGCUACAGAGCUCGAGCGCAUAGUUGAGGCUCACGAGGGCCGCUCACUCGGCCUGCUGGUGUGGAACAGCAAGAGCCAGAACGUCCGUGAUGUGCCCAUUGUGCCGUCACGAACAUGGAGCAUGCCGUACGCCACGCCCGACCCGAAAGAGCCCGACACGGCGGAACACAAGCCGUCUCUGCUCGGGUUGAGCAUGCGCAUGUGCGAGCCCGAGUCUGCGAUGGAGAACGUGUGGCAUGUGCUCGACGUGCUUGAAGGAAGCCCAGCGGAGAGCGCUGGUCUCGUGCCAUAUGGGGACUGGAUCAUCGGCUGGUCAGGUGGCGUGCUCAGUACCGAGGGAGACUUUUACGAAGUCGUCGAGGCACAUAUCGACAAACCCUUGCGUGUCUUUGUUUACUCUUACGAUUUUGAUAACAUCCGAGAGGUUGUACUUGUGCCGAACAGACACUGGGGUGGCGAAGGACUCCUAGGCUGUGUAUUUGGUUUCGGCCUGCUGCACCGCAUACCU